CUCCCGGAUCCGCUGCCGCCGGCGCUGCAGCUGCCGCCGCGGGCCUCCCCUGCCGUGCGCCGAGGCCGCGCCGCCAUGGCCAAGUGGGGCCAGGGGGAUCCACGCUGGAUCGUGGAGGAGCGGGAGGACGGGACCAACGUGAACAACUGGCACUGGACGGAGCGGGACGCCACUCUGUGGUCCCGAGGGAAGCUGCGGGAGCUGCUGGUGGGCAUCGCGGUGGAGGACGAGGCCGGCCGCUGCGAGGUCAGCGAGCUGAAGCAGGUGGACGGCGAGGCGUCGUGCAGCAGCCGCAAGGGAAGGCUGAUUUUCUUCUACGAGUGGAACAUCAAGCUGGGCUGGCGAGGUACAGUUAAGGAAUCUGGUGCCAAGCACAAGGGGUUGAUUGAAAUCCCCAACCUCUCUGAGGAGAAUGAAGUGGACGACACAGAGGUGAACGUGAGUAAAAAGAAAGGCGAUGGCGAUGUGCUGAAGGAGCUCAUGAGAACCGCAGGCACCGCCAGGGUCAGGGAGGCCCUCAGAGACUACCUGAAGGCGCUUAAGACGGAAUUUACAAUGGGAAUGAUUUUACCGACGAAAGCUCUGGCGACCCAGGAGGUGACAGUUAAGCGGAAACUGAGUGAGGAAGCCAUGCAGGCGCAGGCUUCAUCGCAGGCAGCGCUGGGAGUCAGGAUCCCCACCGUGGCGCUGCGCAUGACGGAGCUGUUCGAUGCCACGGUGGAGCAGCUGUACAGCAUCUUCACCGUCAAGGAUUUGGUGCAACAAUUUUCUAAAUCUUCUGCUGUCUUAGAAGCUGAAAAGGGAGGGAAAUUCCAAAUGUUCGAUGGGAACAUCACUGGGGAGUAUGUGGAGCUGUUAACAAAUAGAAAGAUCAUCAUGAAAUGGAGAUGUAGGAACUGGCCAGAAGAACACUAUGCAACAGUUGCACUGAAUUUUGUGCCUACUCUAGGACAAACAGAACUGCAACUGGACUGUAAAGGAGUUCCUGUCUGUAAAGAAGAGAACAUGAAAUUUUGUUGGCAGAAGCAGCAUUUUGAAGAAAUAAAAGGUUUACUGCAGCUGGCCACCCUGCAUGGUUGAUUAGCUUUUACCAGGGCAUUACUUUUUGUAAGCAAAAAAGUGUCAUGUUUACCUCUUCCCUCAAUAUUAAGAAAGCAAACAAAACCUCUUAAUUUAUUUUAUAUUGGAUGAAAACCUAUGAACUUACAUAGCAUUUCAGGCAUUGUCUGACUCUACUAAAACUAGGCCCCACAGUGAGUUUUCAGUAGCAAGCAGCCUGAGCCAAGGUGGGCGCCUCACCUUUUCCCUAUCCUGAGCACAGGUGGUUGACGUUUCCCGAACUGCAGGUUGUCCUAGAACACUCGCUUUCAGCUGUAGGCUAACUUGAAGGAGACAGAAUAAAUGGCAUGUUGAUAUUCUUCCUUUAUUUGACUAUAGGGUGUAUGAGGUGUGUAGCUCUUCCUUAGUGAAACAGGGGCAUGUUGAUGGGAGGCCUGCUGGCGGUCCCCUUCUCCCUGCUGUGCUGGGUGGUCCUGCAGGAGUUACGGCUUUGGGGUGGACAAGACUGAAAAGGCAGAGGGUAAGUUACUCUGUUGGACUGCUGCAAACACUUGUUGGGAAGUACCAGAUGGGUGGAUCAGUGUUGCCCCUCC